AUCGGCCUAUUGGCUUCGUGGAAUACUAUAUGAGGAAAAGAGAGAUACUGGGUUUGUAUAACUAAACAUGACUCUGACGGUAGCGGUAAGGACAAUGAAAAACGAAGACAGUCCCCCGCCGGACUAUGAUCUCCUUCAAUCUCCCAAUUCUCACUACGAAAAUACCAAAGUAUCGUCACGAGCGAAGACCAUUCCACAUCCGACAGUUAUUAAAUCGCUAAUACUAGAAGAUCAGCGGAGCGGAACUUUCCUACUACGUCCUAGUUCUCACCCGCAUUAUUUAUAUACAAUCAGUGUUAAUAAAAAAGAGGACGGUGGCCAAACAACAAAGGCACCAGAUUUUACAACAAUUGGCAAUCUAGUGUGUUAUUAUAUGCAUAAACAUGCAAAAGCUUAUUAUGAAGAUGCGGACGCUUUCAGGCUACUCUACCCGUACAGGAAACGUGUCGUAUCUUUACAAACUUUAGCCGGAGAAGAAAUUAUAAGAAAUACUCAAAGAUCUCAAUUAGGAAAUUUGUUUAUCAUGAAAAACUUUGGCAGUAUUCAUUCUAUCCUUUAAGAAAGAAAACACUCUCCAAACCAACAGGUAAUUUAAAAUAGUUCUAAAAGAAAAACAGUGAAAAGACUUUAAAUUAAACGAAAAAUAUCUAAAGGACAAUAUUAAAAAUAUUGAUGAAGAAAGACAAUAAUGAUAAUGAAUAUCAAAUAGUUUUUUUUUCUUCUGUUCUUUUGUUCUUUAUUUCGAAAAUUUUGCUUUUGUUGCAAAGAGAAAACAAAAAAAAAAGGAAAAUUUUUGCAAACGUUGAUAAAAAAAAAUUGUCAAUAAUUAUUAAUCUUUGUACAGAAAUACGGAAAUGUUCUAGUCAGCAACAAAAACAUAAAGAAAAGAGAGAGAAGGCAGUUGAAAAUUGAAUAAAAAACAAAAAAAAUACAUCUAAAUAAACAACAACAACAACAACAACUUUGUUCUUUUUACGUAUUUUUGUUAUGUUUUUUUUAUUAUUAUUAAAUAAUAAGUAAACAAUGAAAAACUUUGUAAAUAAGUUCUUACUAAAUGUUGUAAAUUAUUGUAAUCAUCUUUUAGUCUUCAUAAAUUAAAAUGAAAACGAG